AUGGCUGAUUUUGGAGAGAUCCUCAGGAACAUUGGAGAAUUCGGAUUAUUCCAGAAGGUCACUCUGGUUGCACUUUGCUUUACAAAUAUCACUCAGGCUUUUGUUUUGGCAAGUUUUCUUUUCAUAGAGACGAAUCCAGAUCGACACUGUAACACAGACUGGAUCCUGGGUCUGGAUCCAAACCUGACCACAGAUGAGCAGCUGAACCUGACUCUGCCCAGGGAGGCAGAUGGAACCUUCAGCAGGUGUCAGAUGUUCGUCCCUGUAGACUGGGACAUCGAUGCCAUCAGGGAGUUUGGACUCAACAAGACCAUGAGCUGCCAGAAUGGAUGGGUCUACAAAAGCACACUGUACAAGGCCACCAUAGUCACUGAUUUUAAUCUAGUUUGUGACAAAGCUAAUUUGGUGGAAAUAAUUCAAGCAGUUUACAUGGUUGGAGUUCUUACUGGUUGUCUCAUAUUUGGACCUCUGGCUGAAUCGUUUGGGCGGAAACGGGCAACUCAAGUUCCAGUCAUUAUCAUGUUUACAUUUGUGUUGACAACAGGGUUUUGCCCUAAUGUGUAUUUAUAUUUCGUCUCCAUGUUCUGUGUGGGAAUUGGAAGUGGUGGCUAUCGAGUCAACUGCAUCGUACUGUCCACUGAGUGGAUCGGUGUAUCCAAACGGUCAUUGGGGGUUUGUAUGACUCGGCUCUUUGCCUCCAUUGGACAAUGUGCCCUCGCUGGUGUGAUCUACUUGAUCAGAGACUGGAGACUGGCUCAGAUUGUCACAGCAGUUCCACUUGCAGUGAUUUUAAUUUACAUUUGGUUUAUUCCAGAGUCAGCCAGGUGGCUGUUGAACAGAGGUAGAACAGAAGAGGCAAAACAGCUGAUAAUGAAGGCAGCAGCCAUCAACAAACGCACAGUCCCAGACUCUCUGCUCGACAAUAUUGCAGUGAAAGAAACUGUGAACAAUGGAAGCAUUAAAAUCAUUUUCAGAUCACAUCUGAAAAGAUAUUUCUUCAUUUUAUCACUGUCUUGGUUUUCAGUGAAUGUCCUCUUCUUCUGCUUGUACUUCAAUAUGGCAAACUUGGGCUUGAAUGUUUUCCUGACACAGUUCAUAUUUGGUGCUGUUGAAAUACCUGCUCAUAUACUUUGCAUUUGGCUGUCGGAGGUGUUUGGAAGAAAACCACUGUUCAUACUAACACUCCUUACUGCAGGGCUCUCUAGUAUACUGAUCUUAGCUGUUCCUCAAGGGUGUGGCAUCGCUGUUACAUCUCUAGCUGCUGUUUCACGCUUUUUCCUUAUCUGGGCUGGUUCUGUAUGUGUUGUGUUGGUGCAGGAGCUGUUUCCGACAACUGUUCGACAAACAGCCACAGCGUUAAGCCUCAUAUCAGCCAGAACAGGGGGAAUAGUGGCUCCACUGCUCAACAUCACAGCCAUGUACCACUGGAUCAUACCCAUACUGGUCUCCAGCAGCCUCACCUUUAUCAGUGGUGGUCUUGGUUUUAUGCUUCCUGAGACCAGGAGGAGAGAGCUUCCUGAUUCCAUUGAUGAGGCCGAGGGCAACAGGUAAAU